GGCGUUAUCUUCCCAACCGUCGCCGCCGAUGUCGUCUCGCACUCCCCCCACGUCUCUAUCAACCUCCAACCAGUAAAAAGUUCGUGUUCUACGAGCUAUUUAUAAAUGAAAAAUAAUAGUAGUUGUAGAGAAACUAGUGUCUUCCUAUGGUCCAAAGGAGAUGCCCAGGACUUUGGCUUUUACCUCUGCGCAUACCGACGACGCACUCCGCGCUGUCACACUAAAGCGAAAGAAGAUUCCCCUUCCUUCCCCCUUCCCUUUCUCCGCCAUUCACCAGCCCCCAAACCCUAGAUCUGAAAUCCCUUUCAUCAUGAUCAUCCCGAUAAUUUGAUUGUUUUGUUUUCGUUUCUGCGUUUUUGGUUGCCCGGCCGUUUGAAUUGCAUCCGUUUCUGGUUUGUGCGAUGGGUUGUACUAGUUCUAAGUUUGAGGAUCUGGAGGCGCUUGCUCUCUGCCGCAAAAGAUGCGAUCUACUUGCGCAGGCUAUAAGCCAUCGUUACGCACUGGCAGAUGCACACGCGGCUUACUCCGAGUCUCUUCGAUCGGUCGGUGUUGCCUUGCAUCGAGUUGUUGAUGGCAGCCAUGGAGCUCAUCCGGAUAAUUCUCCUGUGCUCACGCUUCCGGGUCAGCGUAAGGGCGAACAUAUCCCUAUGUCGUCGUUAUCAUCGGCACCGGCGCCGGCGCGGGGGAAUCUUCCGCCGGUGGCUACAAUUUCUGCCGCGCACUCUCACUCCCGAUCUCAGUCAGGAUCUCACAUCCAUUUUCACUCCGAUGACUCCGAUUCCGACGACAUAUCACCUCUGCACUCUGACGGCGAUUCCCCUUUUCAUCAUCAUUCAGACCACCAUGAAACGCUCGGCGGAGAUCCCACCUACGUCAAUCUGCACUAUUCGAAGAGUAAUCCUCCCCCUCCUUCUGUUUCAAUCGAGCAGCGCGUGGGAAGCCCUGAGCACGUUCAAUACGGCUCCGUCUCUGAACCACCACCGUCAGCUUACCCUUACCCAUACCGUUAUCCGACACAAAACCCCAAUUUGUAUCCGUACCCCUUCCCUUACGGCUACCAGCCUAAUUACUAUGGUUUUUUAGGUUCAUCGUCUCCUCCUCCUGCGAUGUCUCAGUCUAUUCCUGCUGUCACUGGAGCGAACUCCAAAUCAUCCACUUCCCGGGCGGCUCCGCCUCCUCCUUCUCCUCCCAGGACGUCGACCUGGGAUUUCCUGAACCCGUUCCAGCCCUUUGAUAGCUAUUAUCACAGUCCCAGUAGGAGCUCCAAAGAUGUGAGGGAAGAGGAAGGGAUCCCUGAUCUUGAAGAGGAUGAGCUGGAAGUUAUCAAGGAAGCAUACGGAGACCAAAAGUUUGCAGCUUCUACAUCUGCUGGGGAUGCACCAGAGCAGUCGAAUAAAUCUGCUUCGGUUGAAAAGGACGAUGCUGUUGGAAAUCCCAUUGACAGUUCGAGCUACCAUCCGAAGCCGAAGGAUGAUGAUGUGGUUGUUGUUGAGAAGAAUGUUGUUGGUGAUGAAUUGCAGAAACCCCCGGAGGUUCGGACUGUUGUUCCGCCUAGACGAUAUCAUAACGUAUCUGAGGUUGCGAGUGAGAUUCGAGUCCAAUUUGAAGGGGCAUAUGAGUCGACCAAGGAACUCGCUAAGAUGCUAGAAGUAGGAAAGCAUCCUUAUAGCGACAAAGGCUGUGCUUCUGCAGUAUCUUCGAGAAUGUUGUGUGUGAUUCCUGUCUCUAUAUCAAAGGAUGAAGAUUUAGUCUAUGUAGAGGAUAAAGUAAUGAGCACUGGGAAUCUUUCUUCAACGUUGCAGAAGCUGUACAUUUGGGAACAUAAGCUUCUUGAUGAAAUCCGGGUUGAGGAAAAGUUGCGGUUGCUUCAUGAUAGAAAGUCUAAAAAGCUGCAGCGCCUGGAUGAAAGAGGUGCGGAAGCUCAUAAGAUUGAUUCAACUCAAAAACUGAUAAGGAAGUUGUCAACACAGAUAAUGAUAGCAAUUCAGGUUGUCAACACUAUAUCAACAAAGAUUAAUAUGCUGAGAGAUGAAGAGCUAUGGCCACAGAUAUAUGAACUCAUCCAGGGACUUGAAAAAAUGUGGAAAAUUUUGUUGGGAUGCCACCAAAUUCAAUACCAGGCCAUCUCUGAAUCUAGUUAUAUAGAUUCCCUCACAUCCGGAGGAAGACUCAGUGAUUCACAUGUGAGUGCCGUCAUGCAACUAGAACUGGAGCUCCUAAAAUGGAUCGCAAACUUCUCCGCUUGGAUAAAUCUGCAGAAAAACUUCGUUAAAUCCUUAAACAGUUGGCUCGUGCUUUGUCUUCGCUACGAACCCGAAGUAACUGCUGACGGGAUACCUCCUUACUCUCCUGGGAGGAUUGGCGCUCCCCCUGCCUUCGUCAUCUUCAACUCCUGGUCUCAAGCUCUCGAUAGGGUCUCCGAAAAUGAAGUUCUGGCCGCCAUGAAGAGCUUCGCUUCCAACGUGAAUCAACUCUGGCGCCCCUAUGACAUCGAGCUUCGCCAGAAGAUGGCUGCAAAUAGAGAAAUGGAGAAAUUGCAUAAGAUGAGGGAGAGGGAGGCACAAGUUAUAGAGGGGCUAAACAGAAAACUCGUCGUGAAUUCCGCCGUUCAUGAUGACCGCCCGCUGAGCCAUCUGUCCGAACCCGGUAGUCUUCAGUCUUCUUUAAAGCAUGUAUUUGAGGCCAUGGAAAGCUUCUCGACCAAUUUAAUGAAAGCUUAUGAGGAUAUUCAUGCUCGCGCCGAAGAAGAGAAAUUGGAAGAAGUAAAGGGCUCCCAGGGUUAAGAGAUUGUCGCCGCAAACACGAAGCCGCAGACUUCCGGGAGCAGUUGUCGCUGUGAUUCAUAGAGGGAGGAGAUCUUGUGACGAAUCGACAGGGCUGCCGGGGGGGUCUAAUGUUCAUCCAACGACAAUGAACCAAAAUGGUGAGAGGAAGGAAUCAAGCAAUCAAAAGCUUAUUUUAUGGUUAAGAAUGGAGGGAGAGAACAAAUAUGAGUGGAGCAAAAUUGAAAUUGCAGGUUGAGGUUGAAAUUCUGAAGCCAAUUUGGGGAGGGAGUUUAAUGCAAAUCGGAUUAUGGAUGGAGAUGGGGAUGGGGAUGGGGAUGGGGAUGGAGGCCUGAGAUAUCUUGAUCUUAUUGAGAAAUUGAUGGGUUUCAGCUACAUGUUGUGAUAUAUGAAUCACCGUCUUUGGUUCACAGAUGCAGGCAGGCUUGUUCUCAGGCUGAGGGAAUCAGUGUGUAUUUCUGUAAAUAAUUUAAUGUUAUUUUUAACAAAAAGAUCCUCAUAAGAUGAUGUAUUAUGUAUAUAAUCUAAUUGAUUUGAAGUUAUUUGUA